GGAGAUCGACGUUCUCUGGACCUUGAAGUCGGGCGCGUCUGCGGAAAGCUUUGCCGACGAGCUGUUCGUGUGCUCUAAAUUUAUAGUAGCGAUAGGACAUAACGCUGCAGCUUUCCUGUCUUCUUUUAUUCUGGAUUCUGUUUGUUGGGAAGUAGUUGGAGUUGUGAAGCUGUGGAAUGAGUGGUGUCGAACAUCCAACACAACAAAUGUCCUCCCAACAGAUUCUUUCUGUUUGUUCUACCGAUUAAUAUCAGAUCCCACAGUUUUGUUGUGCCAGUGUAGUUGUUACGUUGCUGAGGAUCAACAGUUCCAGUGGCUUGACAAGGUUUUUGGCUGUAUGCAGAAGCAAGGCUUGCAAGUAACCAUUCUUUCAACGUGUCCUGUAGCUGAUUAUAAAACUCAGGAAUCCACUUUAACACUUCCAUCUCCAUUUCUGAAAGCCUUGAAGACGAAAGAAUUCAAAGAGCAGGUCUGCUGCCCACUGCUGGAACAACCUAACAUUGUUCGAGAUCUUCCUGCUGCUGUUUUGAGUUACUGUCAAGUAUGGCAGAUUCCUGCAGUGUUAUAUCAGUGCUACACUGAUGUCAUCAAACUGGAUACGGUUACAAUUGAAGCGUUCAAGCCUCUGCUUUCUUCUAAAAUCCUGAAGAGUUUAGUCAAGGAUGUGUCUGAGAGCACAAAGAUUUUGAAGAAGCUACUGACAACCAAUGAAACUCACAAUAAUAUCUAUAUCUAAUGAGGACAUUUAUGAUGCAGACUGCACUUUCGUAAACUCCAGUUUCUUCUGUAAAGGACGUUUUGGAAUUGUUGUUGUUUCCUUAAAAGUGGAAUAAAUUCCAGGAGAUUUUUGUUUCU